AUGUCCGAGGAUGUUGUAGAAAAUUUGAAAACAACCGUUGUGAAGCCCAUUGUCUAUGGUAAUGUAUCCAGGUACUUGGGCAAAAAACGAGAGGAGGACGGACGUACACAUCAAUGGACGGUUUUUCUACGCCCAUAUAAUACGAACGAAGACUUGUCAGCUUUCAUCAAACGUGUCCAGUUCAAACUUCACGAAAGCUACACCAACCCCAUCCGUGUGGUCAAUAAACCGCCCUUUGAGUUAACGGAAACUGGAUGGGGCGAGUUCGACAUUGUUAUGAAGGUGAUAUUUACCGAUCCAAAUGAGAAACCGUUGGUUAUUACACACCUCAUAAAACUGUUUCACUGUGACCAUGAGAUUAUGAUGGGACACAAAAGCUUGGUACGUGAGAUCUACGAUGAAAUGGUCUUUGUCGAUCCGUCACCAUCCUUUUAUCGAGCUUUAGUCAGUCGGACUACCGCGCAGCCCGGCUCAGUUAUGCCACACGAAACUGAUUUCAAGGAGACGAAACGUCAAUCCUUGCGGGCUAUUCAAGACUUGAACAAAAAAGUGACCAAUGCAAUCCAAAUAUAUCGUGAACAGUUGGCUGUGAAGAAGGAUCUUAUAGAAGAAGUUCGGGCGAUGGUUAAUGAGUUAGAGAAUUCCACUACCGUCAAUACUAAUACCGCUGGUUAA